UUUCAGGCUAAGCUCUUUCGUGCUGCGUGUAUUUAUGCGCCUAAUCGGAACCCUGCUCGGGACACUUUCUUUUUGGACGUGGAGGUGCGUGUUGAUCCUUCAGUCCCUACUUUACUCUGUGGUGAUUUUAACGCUGUUUUUGACCGCCUUUUGGACCGAGUUGGUUCGGAUCCUUUUGAUACUGCUCGUGAGAGCUCAGUUGCACUUUCGCGCCUCUUUUCGUCCUGUUGUGUUCUUGACAUUUGGCGCUACCUGCAUCCGUCUUCAAACAGUUUCACCUGGUCGAGAUGGAAUGGCCUUGUUUCCUCUCGUAUUGAUCUUUUUGGGGUACCUUUUUCUUGGGUUUCGUCUGUUGCUGCCCGUGAUAUUCUCCCUUUUCCUUUUUCUGAUCACUGUGCUGUUCAUCUCUCUGUCUCUGUCCCUGAGGCCAUUACCUCUGGGCCUGGUCUCUGGAAGUUAAAUUUGUCUGUUCUUGAUGACCCUGAGUAUGUGUCUCUUAUUACUGGUUUUUGGUCUUUCUGGCGCACGAGAAUCUUUAGUUUUUCUUCUUUGGACCGCUGGUGGGACGAGGGGAAGCUUGAAGUCAGACGCCUGUCUAUUGAUUUUUGCAAAAGGCGUGCAGCUGUCAAGCGGAUGGAAAGGGACCUCCUUACACGUCUUGCUGAUUUAUUGAAACAAUGCAUUGAUGCUGGGGCAAUGUUUUGUCUUGGGCCAUACCAGACAGUCUUGUCCAAUUUAGCCAAGUUAGACUUGGAUGCUGCCCGUAGUGCUCAGAUCCGUAGUCGCACUCGCUGGGUUGAGGAAGGUGAAUCCUCCUCCUCCUAUUUCUUCCGUCUUGUUAAAAAACAGAGUGCUGAUCGUCUGGUUUCAGCUUUGCGGUUGCCUGAUGGUUCUAUUGUCAAUUCUUCUCAGGAUCUUGUAGAUUGUUUUGCAGAUUUUUAUUCCUCGCUUUUUUCUGCUGAUGAGGUCGACCUGCUUGCUCAGCGUGAACUUUUGUCCAAUGUCUCAGCGCGGUUGUCUGCUGAGCAGUCUGCGUCUUGUGAUGGGGAGUUGUCAGUUGAGGAAUGCCUUUCGGCUCUCAAAGGUAUGGCCCACCGGAAAGCCCCUGGCAAUGAUGGAUUGCCUAUGGAAUUUUAUGUCAAGUUUUGGGACGUUUUGGGUUCUGAUCUGGUGAGGGUCCUUAACUUUUGUUUUAGGAAUAACAGGCUUUCCAAGUCUCAGCGUAGGGGUGUGAUCUCGUUGUCGUUCAAGAAGGGGGAUAGAUUGGACCCUAAAAACUGGCGGCCAAUCUCUUUGCUGAAUGUGGACUACAAGAUCGCGUCUCGGGCAAUUGCUGGCCGCCUCUUAAAGAUUUUGCAUGUAGUUGUUGAUAAGGACCAAACGUGUGGCGUUCCUGGUCGGUUUAUUGGAGAGAACGUUGCUUAUCUGCGCGAUAUCGUUGAUUACGCUUCCCUGACGGGAGUCCCGUGUGCAAUCCUUUCUCUGGAUCAAGAAAAAGCGUUUGAUCGUGUAGACUGGGGUUUUAUGAGUGACACUCUGGCAACGAUGGGUUUUGGCCCUUCUUUCAUUGGUUGGAUCGACCUUUUCUAUAGAGGCUCGCAGAGUGCUGUCAACGUCAAUGGCCACGUCUUCCUAUUUUUCUUUGUCGCGUGGGGUUCGUCAGGGCUGUCCUCUGUCGCCCCUUCUCUACGUUAUGGUGGCCGAGGUCUUGGCUUGUAACAUUCGUUGUCAUCCCGAUAUUUCUGGCCUGAUCUUACCGGGUUCUUCAGUCUCUCUGCCUCCUCUUUCGCAGUAUGCUGACGAUACCUCGGUGGUGGUUGUGUCUAAUGCUGCCAUAACUGCGACUUUUGAUGUUUAUGACCUUUAUGAGCGGGGCUCUGAAGCGAAAUUAAACCUGUCGAAGUGUAAGGGCUUGUGGCUUGGCUCUUGGAACGGUCGGACCGAUGUGCCUGUGGCUAUUGAGUGGUGUUCUGGUAAGAUUAAGGUUCUUGGCGCCUUUCUGGGCCCGUUUGCAACUGAAGAGGAUAACUGGCGCCCUCGUAUUGUUGCUGUUCAAAAUGUGUUGUUGUCGUGGCGUCAGCGAUCUCUGUCUUUUUGUGGAAAGGCUCUUGUGAUCAAUGCGUUGGCCCUUUCGAGGAUCUGGUACGUUGCAUCGGUGGUUCACAUGUCUUCUUGGGUUCUGCGUGAACUGAACCACUCGGUGUUCCAGUUUUUCUAUAAUGGUAAACCAGAUCUUGUCACACGCGAUGUCAUUGCUCAGCCGCCCUCUUGUGGUGGCUUUUCUGUUGUCAAUGUCCAGCUGAAGGUCUGGGCUUUGCUGCUGCAGUGGGUGAGGCGUCUCUCACUUUCCCCUGCUUCGUGGGUCUCUCUUUUCUCUUUUUGGUGUAAUCAGGGCUUUAGUGCUUCUCCUGUUCAGAUUCUGUCCAAUCCGCUUCAGUUCCCUGGAACUGGUGGGCUGCCUGGUUUUUACUUAGCCCUCUUGACUGCUUGGAGGUCUGCCAAUGGUGUCUUCUUACCCAAUCGUGGCUCGCUUUGUGUGGGUAGUGGUUUGACGGUAAUGCCGGUGACCUCGUUGUCGACUAAGUCUGCUUAUUUGAUGCUCUUGUCUGAUCGUUCGGCCAUUCCCCAUUGUGUAGUGAAGUUUUUUAUCACCUUUGUUCUUUAUACUGGUCUGCUACCUGGCGUCAGCUUUUUUUCUUUGACAUGGACCGUCAGGUUAUUGACCUGUCCUGGAAAGUGGCACAUGGUGUCUUGUAUACGGCUGACCGUUUGUCAUCUUUUGGCUAUGCCAUUCCCACGGCCUGCUUCUGUGGCCAUCCGUUGGAGACUUUGGAUCAUUUGUUUUUCUCUUGUCCUCUGGCUGAUAGUGUCCUUUCUUGAUUGUCUUCUCUGCUUUUUCUUUCCUCGCCAUCCUUUGGUUCUAUCCUUCUCCGUCAUGUUCGGUUUGGUUUCUCGGAGGACCAGCUCCUUUGUGUCCCUCGCUUCUUUGUUUACGCUCUUAAUGUCUGCAAAUUCUCCAUCUGGGUGGCCCGGAAUGAUUUCCGGUUUCGUAAUGUUCGUCCGGGUGCCGUUGCUGUCUUGGAGCGGGUAAAGUCUCGUCUCCGGUUUCACUUACCCUUGUUCUUCCGCCGUUUUAAGUCUUCCCGUCGCAAACGGUAUUUUGCUAGGCAGUGGUGUGCCAAUGGUGUUGUUGGCUCGGUCCGUGAUGGUCGUCUGGUUUUAUCGAUCUAGUUCCUAUGAUUUUAUCUUUUUAGCUUUUCUUUUUUGCUUGGUGUUAGUUUUCUUACUUUUGUUUGUACUUGGUUGUUGGCUCUCUGCUUUGCUGCCUGGCCCUUUUGUUCCAUCAGAUAGUGCGCCAUCAGCCUGGUGGGGAGUCACCCGGUUUGGCUUUAUCUGUGUUGGCUUUGGUUUCUCCCGCGUUUUUAACUUGUCCCUUUGUGCUGUCUAGUCUUGGUGUUGUUUUUGCCUCGUCAUGUGGUUUUGUAAGGGGAGGCGGGGUUCGGUCCCCCGGCGAGUUUGGCGUGCUGGUGCACCCUUCCUUGGGCAAGUCUGUCAAGUUUGUAUGUGUUGUUUUUGUUAAUGGUGGCCCAGCAUUGUACUCAGCUGGGUUCACUAGCCCUAAAACAUAAAAAACUUACCUGACACGGGCCACUUCAUUGUGGAACGUAAGGAGAGUAUCCCGUCCUUUGUGGCGUUUUUUGAAGCUAGGUUAGGUUGUUUUUGUGUGAACAAGUGCUAAGUACCUGCCGGGAGGGAACGCCAAAGUUCACUGUUUAGUGUUUCUUGCCCUCUCGGUGGGUCCGUUUUUUNAGUUCACUGUUUAGUGUUUCUUGCCCUCUCGGUGGGUCCGUUUUUUUCCUGUUUCUGUGGGGCGCCCAGCCAGUUUGGUCCCCCGCGGAUCAGGACUUAACUUGUCAUGUCUGCUGUGGUCCAGUGCCCGCGUACGUUGGCUGUGCAUUUUCCAGCAACCAUUUAUCGUUCCACUGGUUCGGCUCAAGUCCUGCCUGAUCUUGCUAAGUCCUUGGACAUUGCUAAUGUUCAGUGUAUCCAGUUCGUGCCCAAUGGGAUCGUUCGUGUUACUUUCAAGGAAUCUGCCCAGUGUGAUGCGGCCCUCGCUAGUGGUGUUUCCUUCCGUGGCUCCAAGCUUCGUGUUGCUCCUGUUGACGCCCGCACUCGUCUGGUUUAUGUCCGUGACCUACCUGCGGAAGUGCCGGAUGAGUCUGUCAGCGUUUUCCUCCGUCAGUAUGGAGUUGUCCACUCUUUGUCGCCUCAGUUCCAUCCCGGCUUGCCUGGUGUUAAAAACGGUACGCGUGUGGCCAAAGUUACUCUUCUGAAGGAUCUACCGACAUCGGUUCGCAUCGCUGGUUUUGAUGUUCGCUUGUGGUACCAGGGCCAGCCUCAGCCCUGCCCUGUCUGUCGUCAAUUUGGUCAUCGUGUUCGCGAUUGUCCGUUGAAUGGUUUGUGUCGUCGAUGUCGUCAGCCUGGUCAUGUGGCGCGUGAGUGUUCUUCUCGCCGUCUGUCUGCUACUGUUGUUCCUGCUCCUGCUUCUGGUGUUGAUCCUCCCAUGUCCGUUGCUGAUGAGGAGGAGGAG